UCCGUCCCGGUACGGCGGCGGAGAGGGCCGCUUCGCGCUGACAGACGACGCCGACGGCCGUCGCGAUGGGGGAUGGGCGCCCGCCAGUGUCCGGCUUCGACCACGCGGCAUGGAGCGUCGCCGCCGUCGCGGGUUUACCGGCGGCGGCGGCGGCGGCGGCAGGCCUUCACGUUGGUCGGGGGGCGUCCGCGUCGGGGCGCCGCGCAUCUCCUGAGUCCUGCUCUGCUCUUGUACGUCAUUUCCUGCUUUACUCAUUGGAUAAUCCGUGACUCACUAAUUUUGGGACGGAUUGAUUUGAUUGGGUGAUUUUCGGCCAUGUGCACUGAUAAUAAGAGUAAUCCAUUCAUUCCCCAACGUCUCGCAUUCGUACCGCGUUCUGUUCUGAAUCACGGCAUUGUCUCAUACUGAAGAUAUGAAACUCUCAUCGUCUCCGGGAUCCAGGAUUCCAGGCAUGAGGCAUCCAGCCAGCGACAAAAGCCGACAAAUUCUUCUCCGCGGCCACAAGCAAAGACUUGCUCCUUUGCUUCCACCACAAUCUGUAACGGCCGGAACAUUGAUCCCAACUAUUAAUUUAUUCUCAGAUCAAUGUGGCUGAAAUUGAAGUGGCAAAUAAAGCACCAUAAAGAUCGAGAUGCAUCUUCGCUUUGGCAUAUAUGCUUUGGGUGUGCUAACUAGCAGAGCAAGCUAGGAUGGCAAUGCAUCUUUUUCUCCUUCUCUGUCAUCUCCAAGCUGAAGGCAGGGACUCAUUCAGCUCUUGCCUGCAAACCCAACUAUCCUCUUGCGUACCAUGAUGUGCAGCGCAUGGAAACAACAAGCUUGGUAUCUGCUUUGCAGACCUCUGUCUUCACUCUUCAGCAUAUACAAUAGUUAUGAUUAUAAGCUCUGCCAUAUACAUUGUGCUCCUACGUCUUCCUGAACCUCAACCUGCUUAUCCACACAUACUCUUCACAAGCCACAGUGUUUGAGGGAGGAGAGGGUGGCAAUGGAGGCGACAGGGUUGAGUUUGGGAAAGUCUGUGCUGGAUGGAGUCCUCAGCUACGCCAACUCCGCCAUCGCGGAGGAGGUGGCCUUGCAGCUGGGCAUCACUGGCGACCAGGCUUUCAUCAGGGAUGAGCUCGAGAUGAUGCUGUCUUUCCUUAUGGCUGCACAUGAGGAGAGAGACGAGCACAAGGUGGUCAAGACCUGGGUGAAGCAGGUCCGCAACGUGGCCUAUGAUGUGGAAGACUGCCUCCAAGAUCUUGCUGCUCGUCAUGGGAAGACAUCUUGGUGGUGCUUCCUUCGGAAGCUGGUUGAUAGGCACCGUGUCGCCACACGGAUGAAGGAACUCAGAGCCAAGGUUGAGGAUGUCAGCCAGAGGAACUUGCGGUAUCGCCUCAUCAAGGGCACUGGCCCCAAGUCUGCAACUGGAGCUGGGCCCUCAAACAUUUCCGGUGCAACAAUGUUUGAGGAAGCAAGGAGGCAGAAGGACAAAGAAAAAGUGGAUCUUUCCCAACUGAUCAAUGAGGGAAAUGUGGAUCUUAGAGUGAUUGCUGUGUGGGGAACAAGUGGUGUUCUUGGCCAGACCAUUGUCAUCAAAGGAGUGUAUGAUGAUCUGAAGAGAAGUAACAAGUUUGAAUUAUUUGCUUGGAUCAGGAUUGUGCAUCCUUUCAAUCCACUGGAGUUCCUCCAGUGCAUUAUGAGGCAAUUCUAUCGAACUUCUUUUGAACAAGUAGGGAAGACCCAAGAAAAAACAAACAUUGGGGCUCAUGUUCUUAAGAAGAUGGGGAUGAUGAAACAAGAUGAUUUGGUUGAUGCAUUCAGUGAGUAUGUGAAUGAGAAAAGCUAUCUGAUUGUGCUUAAUGACCUGUCCACCAUUGAAGAGUGGGAUGCGAUCAAGGAAUAUUUGCAAGAUAACAAGAAAGGAAGCCGAAUAAUUGUAUCCACAGAGCAUGGUGAAGUUGCAAGCCUCUGUGCUGGGCAAGAAAGUACAGUGUCGGAGCUCAACCAAUCAUCUGUUGAUCAGAGUAUUUUUGCUUCCUACAAUAAGGUUUCUCAAAAACUAGCCACAUUAACAAAGCUAGGGUCUUGCUCAAGCGAAGCCACAAUUGGCACUGACAAAGAGAUCCAUGAGAGUCAAUUUCCAGGUGACAAUAAUAAGAUAGUUACAAAGAGCCUUACUCGCAUUGGGACAAUCACAGGUGCUUUGAUGGAAUCUCAGCUCGUGGGUCGAGAGAAAGAGAAGUCAGACCUUAUUGAUCUAAUUUCAAAGCAAGGUGAACCUAUGGUGAUCUCAGUGUGGGGAAUGGGAGGUCUUGGAAAAACUACUCUAGUCAAAGAGAUCUAUGGAAGUCAAGAGCUAAGUGGCUUAUUUGAGAAACGUGCUUGUGUCACAAUCAUGCGUCCAUUUAUUCUCAAGGAUGUCCUCGACAGCCUAUGUAUGCAGCUAGAUCCAGAAUCCUAUAACAGGAAGGGCAAUGAUUUUGGGCUACUCAGAAGAAAAAUAGCAGACAAUGAAGCACCAAUUGAAGAGUCGGGUAAGCUGGGAAGAAAAGUAACAGAUGAAGAAGUAUUAUUUGAAAAAUUGGACAAUCUUCUAAAAGGAAAGAGGUUUCUGAUUGUUCUCGAUGAUCUAUCUUCUCUUGGGGAAUGGGAUGUGAUAAUUCAAAGUCUUCCUAAAAUGAACAGUACAUGUCGGAUUGUAAUCACCACAAGGGAAGAGAAUAUUGCUAGACAUUGCUCAGAAAAACAAGAACACAUAUACAAGCUCCAGGUUCUUGAAGACAGUGCUGCUCUUGACCUCUUCACCAAAAAGGUAUUUAAAGAGGCCAUAAAUCUCGAUGAGUAUCCCACAUUGAUUGAAGAGGCCAAAAUGAUCCUAAAGAAGUGCAAGGGACUUCCCCUUGCAAUAGUAACCAUAGGUGGCUUCUUGGCAAAGCAGCCGAAGACUCCUAUUGUAUGGAGAAAAAUGAAUGAGCAUAUUAGUGCUGAGCUGGAGAUGAACCCAGAGCUUGGGAUAAUAAGAGCUAUCCUCAUGAAAAGCUAUGAUGGUUUACCAUAUCAUCUGAAGUCUUGUUUCUUGUAUAUGUCCAUCUUUCCAGAAGAUUACAGUAUUAGCCGAAGACGCUUGGUGCAUCGAUGGAAAGCAGAGGGUUACUCAAGUGAGGUACGAGGCAAGUCUAAGGGGGAAAUAGCUGAUGCCUACUUCAUGGAACUUAUUGAGCGAAGCAUGGUCCUACCAUCCAAAGAAUCAAUUGGUAGUAGAAAGGGUAUUUCCUCUUGCAAACUUCACGAUCUCAUGCGUGAAAUCAGCAUCUCAAAAGCAAUGGAAGAAAAUCUUAUUUUUAGAAUGGAAGAAGGAUGCAGCUUUAACACCCAAGGCACCAUACGCCACCUUGCUAUAAGUAGCAAUUGGGAGGGUGAUCAGAAUGAGUUUGAGUGCACAGUGGACUUAUGUCGCAUAAGGUCAUUAACGGUGUUUGGAAAGUGGAAGCCAUUUUAUAUUUCUGAGAAGAUGAAGUUGCUACGCGUGCUGGACCUGGAAAGCACCUCCGGUCUUGUGGAUCAUCACCUUGAACCAAUUGGGAAGCUCCUUCUCCUAAAAUACCUUUCUUUAAGGGAAUGUGGUGGUAUUUUUCACCUGCCAGAGUCACUUGGUAACCUGAAACAACUAGAAACACUAGAUGUUACUAAUACACGAAUAGUCAAGCUACCGCAGGCCAUCACCAAGCUUAGAAAGCUACAGUAUAUUCAUGCAGGGAUGUUGUACAAUCCAUCUUUUGGUGCUUCAUCAGAUGAAGAAUACAUGGAAGAUAUGCCAAAGCUAAUCCGAAACAAGCUAUGCGUGUGGACUCUCGCUUUGACUAUCUUUUGUAUGUCAUGUUGCAGGAUUAAGGUUAUGAAAUCUGCAUUUCAGAUGAAGGAUGAUGACCCAAUAAAUAGGCAUGAUGUGUGCAUGUUCUACUGCUAUGCCAUGUUCCCUCUUUUAGCAAGGCUUGCAGAUCCAACUGGAGUUGCAGUGCCAAGAGGCCUCAGGAAGUUGAAAGCCCUGCACACACUGGGUAUGGUGAACAUCGCACAAGAGAAAACCGUCCUACAAGACAUUAGAAGGCUCACCCGGUUACACAAGCUUGCAGUGACAGGCAUCAACAAGAAAAAUUGCCAAGAGUUUUGUUUGUGCCUUGCCCAUCUCAGCUCUUUGGAAUCACUCUCAGUGCGCUCAUGGGAGAAGGAAGGUCUCCGUGGCUGCUUGGAUAGUCUGUCUAUGCCUCCGAAAGACCUCCAGAGCCUGAAGCUGUUUGGCACUCUGGGCAAACUGCCAGAAUGGGUCACGGGUCUCCAGAAUCUUGUGAAGCUGAAGCUGGAACGCACUAAGCUAACAGAGCUGGAUGUAACCAUGCAAGUCCUUGGCAAGCUACCAAACCUGGCCAUCCUUCGUCUACUGAACUACUCUUUCAGGGCAUCAGAGCCCUAUCAUUUAACUUGCUGUAGGGAGGCAUUCCCUAGUUUGACAGCACUGGAGCUGCAAUACGCUGGCAUCAAAUCAGUGCUGUUUGAAGCAGGAACAGCGCCUAAGCUUGAGCUGCUGCUUUGCCAACAUGGGAUCACAUUUUCUGGGCUGUCAUCUCUCCCGAAACUCAAGGAAGUUAUGAUUGAUAAUAAGUAUAGUCACAGUGUAAAGUGGGUGGACGACCUGAGGGCCCAGCUUGCCAGGAAUAUAAACAAACCAGUUGUGAAGUUUAUUAACUGACGUCAUGCUCCAUCGAUCCAUUUGAGGAGCAGCGAUCGGUACCUUUCCGACAGGAGUUUGAGGAGCAGCUCCUACAAUGCAUCCAUGGGGUUUGGAUUCUAAAGAAGGCACACCGCCUAAGCUUGAGCUGUUGCUUGCAAUAAUUGCAAGGGGCCAAAUCUCUUUUAUCGGGGCUGUAUCAAUGUCUCCGGAGUCUCAAGGAAGUUAUGGUUCAUAAGGAUGCAAAGUUGGUGGAUGCCGUGCAGCCCCAGCUUAGAAUGGAUCCAAACAAGCCCGUGCUUUAUUCGUUUUUAUUUAUAUUACCUUUUCUGCUUCCUGUUUCCCUGUCCCCCUCCAUUUUAUGUGUGUUUCCAUGUAUGCGUGUUAAAUUCAACUCGUGUGGUCGUUGUACCGCUAGUGGCCUGUGUGUUUCAUCUGAUGGUUACCAAAGUUGUAUUAAUUUCCUUUGUGGUUUAUGUAUGUGGAUCAGAAUAACUGGCUUGCUUUACUCACUACAGCCAGAUGUGUUAUAGAAACAUGCUUAGUUCAUUCAGUAAUUUUAUUCAGAAA